UAUAAAAAGCCACUUUACGCCCUCACUAGCUCCAGCAUUCUUAGAUCUCUAAUAUUUCUAACGACUUUCAUUCUAAUCUUUCUAACUGCUAUUAUGAAUCUUUUUUACUACUUUUUUCUCCUCCCAAUGUACACAGCUGUCUUAGUUCAAAGUUUGCCAAUACAUGGAUUGUCCUAUCGAGGAAUACGAGAAUGGUUUGGUCUCACUGGCGCCAAUGACGCUACAAUCGACAUUACCAACGCUUUUCUAUCUAGUCAGUCAACUAGAGUUACAGACGCAAACUGGACGAACGGAAGUGGCAUUAGACGUCUUGUCUGGCGCUGGCGGGUCGCAAAAUCUUCCGCAGGAUUCCCUGAAGUGCAAGUUCAAGUCAGAGGCAGGCAACGUGCCUCUAUCCAGCUAGCGUCUACAAUUCCCCCCCCUGCUGGCAGAUCCCGUGCAUCUACAGUCAAGGGUCCACGAGAGUUCAUUAAGGGUGGCGGUUCUAAAAAAUGGGGCGAAGCUGGCGGCGUUGCAACAGGCAUGGACUCCUCGUUUUGGAGGAACGACCUCAAAUAUGCUUUAAUUGUUGCAAGAAGUAGUAAAGCCUAAUGUCACAUAGUAGGGCUAUGUGUUAGCUUAUGCGUAUACAAAGGGCACAGCGACCCUUUGCGCACGUUAAGAUAACUUAGAGGACUAAGCCUAUAGUGCCUAAGUCUAAGUAUGGAAAGUCUUAGAGAAUCUCCUAAGAUGUAGGCUACUUGAGCUCUGCAGGCCUAAAGCCUAUAGAAAAGAGGCUCUAGAGGGUUAUGCAUGAUGGAAGACUGGUCCUAUAAAUAUACACACGCACACGAAUACAGUAAGAAGAUAUAUCCACAUGGUGAGCUGUUUGGCCUGGCUUCGUUCAUCUAUCUGUGUUGGCCUGCUAGUACAUA